AUGGAAGGCAAAGACAGUCUUGGAACGGAUCAAAGCGGUUGGUCGACCACAUCUUCGUUAGCUGCUGCGACGCGAGGCCAGAUCAAAGAUCGCAUGUUGAACUUGACCAAAAACACAAGCCUGGAGCAUGCAAUUGUGUGGAUGGACGUGCGAUUUCGUUGUUCCGCUUCGCCGCCAGCAGAUCUGGACCCAUGCUCUGUAGAGAGUGCCGUGCGAGGAUACAAUUGUAAAAACACCACCACAGCAGGCUCUGUUUCUCGUACUUCUCUCCCCGGCGGCGAACAGAGCAAGGGCAAGUUCGCGAAGGAACGUCAUCACAUUCGACGACCAAGAUCAUGCCGAGACAAGAUACCGCGAGCACCACCCGCGCAAGCACACAAUACUGGAUACCGAGUCGGAUUGCAAGUUACUUUCGACAAACGCAUUCUCAGCUCGGGCCCCGCUACUGUGUUGAGACCUUCUGAACCCGGGCCCUGUGGCCACGACUAUCCCGUCCAGCCUCCAGAUCUCACAAACCCCGAGUCACUACCACGCCAGCCUCACAUCGUCCAUGCACAACUAUACCAGCGACUCCGACCAGAGGAGAAUUGUGAAUUAAGGAAGGAGAUGAGAGCAGAUCCGGAUGCAUUCCAACAAAAGUACAAGUGCACAAUCGUGCCAGACGGGGAAGCCCAGGAGCAGGCACAGGAAGAAAAAAAACUGAACGUCUUCAAAAAGCUCGCAGUUGGAAAGGAUGAGGAUGACAGCAGUGCGAGUAGCCUCAUCCGGAUCAUCCACGCCCGCCCACCGCCUAACAGCCUACCGAUAAGCGAUCAAAAAGGCACAGUCUGUAACACAAGGACAACCUAUCCUGGCACAGCUCAGAACGUCCUCGAGCCCAGCAGUCACGCCAUCCGGAGCGGUACGCGGCUUCUCUACAGCAGCCUGGGCUUGCCUGGAGCUGCCCCGGCCUUGCAACCUCCCGCCCCAGCCCGGCGGCUCAUUUAG